AAUAACAAGCUACUAACUAAUCAAAUUUAAUAUAUAUAUUUUUACAAUUAAAGUUUUCUAAUUAGACAUUUUAAUAAUAACAAAAUGGCCUUAUUUAAUUCGUUUAAUUUAUUUGAAUUAUUUAUUGCUUUUAGUGUUAUGCCUUUGGUAUUUGUUUUUCUGUGGUGCUUAAUUGUCGGCGAUUUUAAGAACUUCCGGGGCAGCUAUAAAGCUUAUACUGUAUUCACUGCCAAGGAUCCCAUUAAUUGUUAUCAAGAUUAUGUUGAACCACAAAAAACAAAAUAACUCUAUUGCAUAUUUAUUGAAUAUUAAUUUUUUAAAGUAUUAAUAAAUUUAAAUUAUGUGUUUUUUUUAGAAAUUA